UUCAAACAGCCGACGAAAAUGAAGGAGUUUAUAAUAUUUGUUGGAAUACUUGUUUCCUUUGUUAUAUUAUGUCCAGUACAUUCUAGCCAAAUCAACAAAGACCUGAGCGGUAAGCCGACUACACCUGAUGGAUCUAGAAGUAUUAACAGCCGUCUUUCAUAUGACCGGUAUCAUACUACAUCCACGAUUGAAAAUUACAUAGAUGAAAUUGCUGCUGAAUAUCCCAAUGUAGCAAAACUAGUAAUACCCACAAACUCCUUCCGUGGUAGACCCAUCAGAUAUUUAAAGAUAUCUAGCACAAACUUUGAAGAUAGAAGUAAGCCAAUUAUUUUUAUCGAUGGCGGAACUCAUGGCAGAGAAUGGCUUACAAUACCACCAGUUACUUACGCGAUACAUAAGCUGGUAGAGGAUGUUACAGAACCUGAUCUUCUCGAAAAAUUUGAUUGGAUACUACUACCAAUGGUCAAUCCAGAUGGAUACAAUCAUUCUAUUGAAAUAAAUGCUGCAUGGCACAAAAGCCGUUCAACUGAUAAUGAUCCCCUAAGCGUUGUCUGUAUCGGCGUAGACAUCGACAGAAACUUUGAUUUUUUCUGGGACACCGUCGGCACAAGCGAGAAUCCUUGUUCCAACUUCUACCCUGGAAACCGUACAUUCUCAGAAGUCGAAACGCGCAUGGUGCGUGAUAUACUUCAUGAGAACUUAGACAGAAUGCUGAUGUACAUUUCUAUGUCAAGUUUUGGAAGCAUGAUAUUAUAUCCGUGGGGCCACGACGGAUCACUAUCCAAUCAGGCCUUUGCCCUGCAUACUGUUGGAGUGGUUAUGGCAAAUGCUAUAAAAGAAAAUACUAUUCCGAGCUUUAUGGACUAUAGAGUUGGGAAUGAAGCUUUGGUACGCGGGUUUAUAGCAUCAGGGAUGUCUACAGACUACGCCCAUGAUAUUGGCGUGCCUUUGUCAUAUAAAAUAGAAUUGCCAGGGCUUUUUGGAGGUUUCUUUAUGAUGCCCGCUUAUAUCGAGCAAGUCGUCCGAGAAACAUGGGCUGGAAUAGUUGCGGGCGCAAGAAGAGCUAGUCAAUUACAAUAGACUGCAUGGAUAGUAUUAAAUAAACAAAUAAAUACUG